ACCAACCCUGCGGAGUUUGACUUUUAUUCUCCCAGAUUUAGCUGAGCCAAGCCAGGCUCAAAAGAAUUGAUCCCUAGAUACCGCUAGCCUGUCUUACUGGUGUUCCCUUACUGAAGAAGUUUGAGAAACUCAUCUCUCCCCUGGCCUCGAUAGUAAUAUAAAACUGCCUUGAGGAUCGUAGAAAAAGGGUAACAGCGAUCUACAUAUCUUCUAUCUCUGUGUGUACCACUCCUGCCAGUUUCAAUCCAGAAUCUCCGAACCAUCCUUGGCCAAUAAAUAUUAAACAGUCUCUUCUCUGACAUCUCACCGCCCGUAUCCCUUCCGCGAUGUUGCUGACUUAUUGGUUAUUCCAUCUCAUUUUUACGCUACCGCCUACGAUUUUGCUCCAUUUGGUCUUGAGGCCGAUGUUGUCUUCCAGGGACACGUUCCGCUUGACAUUUUUAGUUACAAUGGCUGUAUUCUACACGCUUCCAUGGGAUAGUUACAUCAUAAAAAACAAAGCUUGGGGUUAUCCUGAUUGGUCGGUCUUGUUCACGUUGUUCGAAGUGCCUAUUGAGGAGAUCUUCUUCUUCAUUAUUCAGACUUUCUUUGCGACAUAUAUUUACACUUUGUUCACGAUCCCAAUUAUUCCAGCACUCUACAUUCUUCCAGGACCGAAUGAUCUUGAGCAUCGGUCACCGACCGUUUGGAAGCUCUUGCGUUGGGGCCCAAGCAUUGGGUUUUUAACGGUGUCCAUUGUCUCUUGGCUUUUAUGCCAGCCAGGGCAUAGGCUGUUUUAUCUUACCGCGACUGGUUUUUGGGCCUCACCAAUUUGUGGUGGCCUCUGGGCCCUCGGAGGCGAUCACGUGAUUCGGCGACCGUAUUCUAUCAUGAUCUCUAUUAUAAUCCCCACGAUCUAUCUUAGCUUUACCGACAUCAUAGCCAUCCGGAACGGCACCUGGUUCAUCUCACCAAUCACCAGCACCGGAAUAUUUGUUGCUCCCGAUUUGCCCCUUGAGGAAUUUACAUUCUUUGGAAUCACCAACGUUCUUCUGGUGCUUGGACUAGCGGCGAUUGAAAAAUUCGAUGCCAUCGCGGACACCUGGCCUGAGUUAUAUCGUCGAUCAUCCAUUUCUUCAAGCCACUCAUCCAAAAGCGCGUAUUCUGGAAAUGCCCCAAUUAGCUUUUGGUCUCAAUUCCAAGAUUUGAUUCAGGCUAUCAAUAUGGGCACUCGACUAGAGGCAAGAAUAAGUAAAUUCACUCCGGCUUCUUCCGAAAGGAUUCAACAACUCAAUCGUACUUUGGAAGUCUUAAGCGUUGCCAGUAAAAGCUUUUACUCUGCCAGUUUCAUCUUCCCCAACUUUUGUGCAAUUCGCUCGAAAUUCGUGAUUCUUUAUGGGUUUUGCCGCGAGACAGACGAUUUGAUCGACCACGCAGUUGACAAACAGGAAGCUAGAAAAGUGGUCGAAAUGUGCAAGGAAUUUUUAGACUUACUAUGGCCUACCGAUCACAAAGAUGCCAAGGACGUUCGGUCUAAUCCCGGACUCUUCCCCCCAGAUACUGAUUUGGGUUCGAAAGAAAUCGAAUUUCAAUCAAGACUUGAGGAAUUUGUCAUCGCCAAGGUACCCGAGAAAUCCCGCCCUACAUUUUUAAUAUUUUCAACAAUGCGCAAGAUUUUAAGACGAGAACCUUUUGACGAGUUGAUAAGCGGGUAUGAAUACGAUUCGAUCGAGUUUGUCAAUAAGGAGAUAAAAAAUGAAGAUGACUUGAUGCAGUACUCGCGAUGGGUGGCAGGCUCGGUUGGUGAAAUGUGUGUUUCAAUCAUGUGGUGGGUCUACGGAGCUUCGGAAAAUGAAAUCGAACGGCAGUCGAUUCUUCGCGCCGCUAACGAGAUGGGUUGUGCCCUCCAACUCAUCAACAUUGCGCGUGACGUGAAGGAAGACGCGAAAAUUGGCAGAAUAUACGUACCCAAGGUUUGGUUUGAAGGCCAAGUCGAUGGAUUACGAUUAACCGAUUGGGAGAAUUUGAAAAAUCAGACCGGACUUGAAACCUUCCCGUAUGAGAUCGUAGCCGGGAAGUUGUUAGAGAUCGCCAAUCAGUACCAAGCUCGAAGCAAACAAGCCAUCGAACGAUUGCCGCUCGCGUUCCGACCCGGAAUCAGAGCUGCUACAAGAGUUUACAUUGAAAUUGGAGAAAAAAUAAGAUCUAGAUUUCAAGCUGCAAGCCCAGGCGUAUCUCACAACGACCAUCAAAGCCCACCGUACAACGAUCUCAAAACCGCUACCAAUGACUGCGCAGUCCAGGCAAUCGGACAUUGCGAGAAGCAAUCCCGAUCAAAAAUUAUCACCAGUUGGGGCGAAAAGGAGUUCAGUCGUGGCCAUAAAUGGAAUGGAGAUCGGAUCUUUCUCACUCAGUUUCAACGACUCAUGGUUGUGGCUCGAGAAUUAUGGGGACUUGGUGGAAAAUGAGCUCACAUCUUAUCUCAUCAAUAUUAUAUAUAUACUGAAAGCUACUGAAAGACACAUGAAAUGAGUGCCUGUUUUCAAAUUUCCACCCUUGACGACUUGACAAAUGUUUUGUUUUAUUCUCUCUCUCUCUCUCUCUCUUUCCCCCACUAUUCAUUAUGAUUUCUCUAUCCUUUUGUGUAGCGGAGUCAUAUAUGAUUAUAGAUCUUGUAUAAGAAGAAUUGUUCCGAUGCUGACAAUAGAAAUGUUCAAGUUGAAUGACGGCCUCUAC